UUGUCCCUACACAAGACUUCACAUACACCACUCCCCUCAAGGUCCUUUUCAUCAACUAGUUCGGAUAGUGAGAAUGGAGAACAACUCAGUGCCUGUGGAGAACAACCUGCACAACCGUGCAGUGUAUAUGUCGAUGAAUCCACAACCCCCACAACCUCGCAGUUCUUGGCUAGAAAUGGGCCUAGCGGUUCAUGCUUUAACUUUCAACCUCCAUAUCAACUGGAAAGUUGUUGUAGUGAUGAUAAAACACCCGGUGGAUCUGGCACAAAUAAUAAUGGAGGGAAUGAGAUUGGGUUUGGAUGCUUUCAUGCAACACUAAUUAAUAAUGGAGCCUCCACCGAUCCCACCACCAAUGAUUUCUUAUGUGGAGUUCCCUUUCUACCCCGGUGGAUCUGGCACAAAUAAUAAUGGAGGGAAUGAGAUUGGGUUUGGAUGCUUUCAUGCAACACCAAUUAACAAUGGAUCCUCCACCGAUCCCACCACCAAUGAAUUCUUAUGUGGAGUUCUCUUUCUACCCCCAACCUCAACAAGGAGUGACACCAUGGAUCUAGUAGUACACCACCAUGUUGUCCACGGUGGUCAGCUCCAUGCAUGUGCCAACAUUCCCUCAAAGGACUACUCCUCUAACUACUCCUCUACACGCUCACAUGCCUUCAGGAAGUCAGGAAGAAAUAGUAGGAACGGGAGAGAAAGCUCUGGGAACCACCAUGCCAGAAUCAGUUCUCUUGGGUCAGGUACCCGCUCCUGCAGAUGGGUAAUCCGGUGGUCAGCUCGGUCUACAGGGAGCAAAAUAGGCUAGCUGAUGGCCUGGCAAAACAAGCCGUCUCUACUGCACUACCAUCCAGUUUAUAUCAUAGUACUUUGGUUAUGGAUACUAUCUCCACUUUUUGGUCGCCUCCUCAAGAUUUAAUGUAGUUCUUGUAGGCUGAUAUGCGAGGAGAUCUUGCUACUAGGUGUGCCAAAUCUGCAGUAGUUUUACCGCCUAGUGUCUCUAUUAAUAGUCCUACUAGUUCUACGGUAGUCCCUAAUGGAUGGUCUGUAAAUAUUGCACUACGUGCAGAUACUACGGUGGCUAUGCUACCAACUUCCUCCCUAUAGUUUUUUUUGUUAUGAAGCUAAUAUAUAUAAGUAUCCUAACUACCAAAAAAAAAAGUAUGUACCAUUUUUCUUGGAUGAUUUAUUUUCUUUGGACACCAUUGAUAAAAGGGGGAAUCUCAUCGAGCUAGGGAUGCAAAUCAGUGAAUUUCCUCUUCAUCAACGAAAAUGUUGGUUAUUAAUGCAACAGUCCUACUUCUCCGAGGAAAUUCUGUCGAUAUUUUCUUUCAAUGUCUUG